CUGCAGCAGCAGCAGCAACGCGUGCUGCAGCUGCUGCAGCAGGAAGACUUGCUGCAGCAAGUCAGAGACGUGAGGAGACUCACACCAGAAGAAGAGGCUGCAGACCAGCCUCGGGAGCAACGCAGCGGCAGUGGCACCAAGAGAGCAGCAGCAGCAGCAGCAGCAACAGCAGCAACAGCAACACAGCAGCAGCAGCAGCAAGGCCUAGUGCUGCGGUGUACGUACAGUCCUCGGCUGCAUUCCACAGCGAGCUGCGGCGCUUCGACAAGUAUAAGCGAGUCUUCCGCGCAGCAGCAAACAGCAGCAGCAGCAGCAGCAGCAGGAGAAGCAGCAGCAGCAGGAGACAAGAAGACAGCAGUUCGCUUGCAUACAGCAGGGAGGAGGAGACAGCAGAAGCAGCAGAAGACCCCACAGAAGACACAGCCUUUACUCGAGCUGCAGCAGCAGCAGCAGCAGCAGCAGCAGCAGCAACAGAGUGGGCUGGGAGCCCUCGAGACAAUUCAGCAGCAAAAGAGACACGAGAAGCUGCAGCAGCCAGCCACACCUCCUUCUCUUGAGGCCCUGCAGCAACAGCUGCAGCUGGACGAAGAGGAAAGCCCUGGGGGCGGCCCCACACCUUCGCGGCGCUUUGAGUGGCUGCCUCUGGACCCCAGAGAUGGUAUAGUGGUCAAGACAGCAAAACCCACAAAGCAGCAGCAGCAGCAGCAGCGGCAGCUGCAGCAGCAGCAGCUGCGUCAAUAUCAAGAUGAAGAUUACCACGAGCAACAGCAGCAGCAACAGAAGCAGCAUCAAGAGGGACCACGAGAGCAGCAGCAGCAACAGCAGCAACAGCAGCAGCAGCAACAGCAGCAACAGCAACAGCAGCAACAGCAACAGCAGCAGCAGCAGCAGCAGCAGCACGUGUGGGAAAGGCCCCAAAUGGCCCUGCAGCACAUCGCCGCAGCCAGCAGCAGCAGCAGCAGCAGCAGCAGCGUCUACACCCAGAGCAGCAACGGCAGCAGCUCCAAGGCCUCGACUCGCACCAGAAGCAGCAGCAGCAGCAGCAGCACCAGAAGCAGCAGCAGCAGCAGCAGCAGCAGCAGCACGAAGUGUCUCUCCGGGCAAGUUUCAUGA